UGGGCAGCAGGGUGAGGUUGGCUGUAAGCAGGUGCACUUUGCUGUCAGGGCCUCACGGGUGUCAGUGCCCACUCUCUGGUCCAGGCGACCCUCACAGCAGCCCUUUGUACAGACGAGAAGGGGGGCUGCCUUUUGGGCCUGCGUCCAUCUCCUCUGGCCUGAGGCUCUGGGCUAGGUGCUGGCUGGUGUCCCCACAGCCAGCCACUUGACAGGGGCCAGCCCGCAGCCCUCCGUCCCCACUCCGUCCCCAUGCUUCUAGCCCCUGGUCUUGCUCUUUUAUUCCUAUGUGUGCAGUUUUGUUAAAUCCAGGGUUGUUAGGGGUGUGUGUGUGUGUGUGUGUGUUUCUCAAUAAAAUAUCAGGGACAUCUUCCUCUGUUAAUACAGAUAUCUAGAACCUUUGUUAAAAGUUGGGACAUAAUCCACAUUCUCUCUGAUCCAUCCUUUAAAAGUGUCCUAUUUGGUGGUUUUCAGUACAUUCACAAAGUUGUGCAGCCAUCACCACUACAUAGUUCUAGAACAUUCCAUUACCCAAAAUGAGGCCUAUGCCUGUUAGCUUUGCCCCCCCCCCCCCCCGCCUCCCCCAGCCUCUGGGAUCUACUAACGCACUUUUUGUCUUGUUCUUUUGUGUUUUCUUAACACCUUUUUUGAGAUUAGGAUCUACACCUCAUAGAUCGCCCAUUUAAAAUGCACGACUGAAUAGUUUUCACACAUGGGUACAGCGACCUCCACAGUCGGUUUUAGAACAUUCUCCAAGAGAGCCCCAGACCCCCCAGCUGCCAGUGCCCAAUGCCGCCACGUGCCAGUUCUAAGCAGCCACUUCUCUGUGCCCCGUGUCUACUUCCUGUUCUCAUGUAGCAAGCGCAGGUGACUGGAGGCCCAGAGAUGCUGGCGAGUGUUUCGCGGGGUCCCCUCCUUCCUCUGUGUGGCUGUAUUUGACCCAGGUUCCUUCCCACGGCCCUGGGCACCAUAGGCUCUGGUCGCAUCAACCAGCACAGCGUCCUAGAAAAGAAAAUCUUCCCGGAGAGUCCCCAGCAGCCUUGGGACCCCAGGCCGCCAGGAGCUCUCCGUGCUGGGCGCCUGGGCCCGGCACACGUGGCCAGGCCCAGGGGAACAGCACGGUCUGCAGCCGCAGCCCUGCCUGUGCGGAGCUCCUGGUGGGGGUUCCCAGAGCGCAGCUGGCCACACGCUGGGGUCCUGGCGUCCUAGGAGGGGCUUCCUUCUGGCCGUACCAGGUCCCACGACCCUCCAUUGUCCCUAGCAGAGUGGUGGGGGCGGGGAGCAGACAGGCAGUUGCUUGAAUUAGGGGCUCAUCCUAGAGCCUCUUCAGGGGAGAUGAACAAAAUAAACCCUCCCCGAUCUCAGACUGAUGAGCUGUUACGGAGAGUGACUGCUCAUCGCGUUGGCAGCAGUGAUGUGCUUGGAGAGGCACCAGGCCUGCUGGGUACCACACAAGUGCUGCUUCUGGCAGCUCGAGGGAGAGGCAAGCCGCAGACCGCACAGCCUACCCGCUUAAAGUGUGCAAGCCGAUAGAUUGUGGUAUGUCACAGUCAUGCGGCCAUCACCACGGCCAACUUUAAAACGUUCCAUUGCCCCCAAGAGGAGCCCCGGCCCUCAUGAGCCCCCUUCCCGUCCGUGGAUGAGCCCGUUCUGGGCGCUUCACGCACGCGGGCUCACACCCCACGUGGCCUCUCGUGUCUGGUUCCCUCCCUGAGCGUCGUGCGUUCGGGGCACCGGGUGUGGGCGCCUCGCUCCUGCUGGUGGCCAAGGGACGUUACUGUGCACAGUGGACACAUGAUGUUUGUUCAUUGACGGAGAGUUGGGCUGUUUUCACUUCGUGCCUGCUACGAACCCCGCUGCUCCGAACACCUCCGGGUGGCAGUUUUGCGUGGACGUGUAUUUGCCCAGCCUGAGGUAGAUGUUGAGCGUGGGGCUGCCGUCCGGUCGUUGGAGGAGCUGCCUGAGUUGUCCACAGCGGCCACGCCAGUCGGCGAUCCCAGCUGUCGUCCCUAACGCCUCCGGGCCCCGUGCGGGUCCUUUGUAGCUCCUUGGCACUGCAGCCCUGUGCUCCGUGUCCGUAGCUUCCCAGACAGGCGGGUGGCCCCCGGUCCAUCCACAAGCCCCAGUGGGAAGAAGUUCCGGAGCAAGCCGCAGCUGGCCCGCUACCUGGGCGGCUCCAUGGACCUGAGCACCUUUGACUUCCGAACGGGCAAGCUGCUGAUGAGCAAGGCAAGCCGGAGCCGGCAGAGGGUCCGCUACGACUCCUCCAGCCAGGUCAAGGGCAAGCCCGACCUGAACACAGCCCUCCCCGUCAGGCAGACGGCUUCCAUUUUCAAGCAGCCGGUGACCAAGAUCACCAACCACCCCAGCAACAAAGUGAAGAGUGACCCCCAGAAGGCCGUGGAGCAGCCUCGACAGCUCUUCUGGGAGAAGAAGCUGAGUGGCCUGAACGCCUUCGACAUCGCCGAGGAGCUCGUGAAAACCAUGGACCUCCCCAAAGGCCUGCAGGGCGUGGGACCCGGCUGCACGGACGAGACCCUGCUGUCGGCCAUCGCCAGCGCCCUGCACACCAGCACCAUGCCCAUCACUGGGCAGCUCUCGGCCGCCGUGGAGAAGAACCCCGGGGUGUGGCUGAACACGGCCCAGCCUCUCUGCAAGGCCUUCAUGGUGACCGACGAGGACAUCAGGAAGCAGGAAGAGCUGGUACAGCAGGUGCGCAAGCGGCUGGAGGAGGCGCUGAUGGCCGACAUGUUGGCGCACGUGGAGGAGCUGGCCCGGGACGGCGAGGCUCCGCUGGACAAGACGGGCGCCGACGAGGACGAGGACGAGGACGACGAGGACGACGAGGAGGAGCCCGACCAGGACCAGGAAACGGAGCACGUGUAGAGCAGGUCGCUGGCCAGGCGGGUCCCGGUCCACAGCUCGCGCGCGGGCAGGGCCUGCAGGGGUGAGGGACGUGCCCCACGCGGGGCGGCGGCUGUGCCGGCGUCCCCGGAGGGCAGCUCCCCGCCAGGGCGCCGAUGGCGCCCUCUCCCCGUCCUUGCGGAGGCCCUGCCCGCGGGGAGCCGCCUGCCGACCCCGCCGUCUCCACGCUUGGACCGGGCUCUGUGGCCGGGCCCGGCCCGGGGGGAAGGGGGCCCCUCCUAGGUCUUCCCAGGCAUGUCCCCUCCCCGGGGGCACGGCUGGAGGACCGCCCCUGCCCGGCGGGCUGCCGCGCUUGCUCCUCUCCAGAGGACGUGAGACCCGAAGUGCCAGCCGCUCCCAGGCCCUGCCCGCGGGAGGCCCCCGCUUGGAGCCGUCGCUGUCAUUCCGCGGUGGACUCGGGGCCGGCCUCGUCCCCACAGCUGCCUCACACAGGACAGCUGCCCCCAGGCGGCCUGCGAGGGUGCGCGAGGGGCCAGAGAAACGUUUAUUUGGAACAGGCUUGGCCCCCGAUCCCUGCACGAGGGAUGAUGGUCCAGGGCCAGCACACCGGCCUUUCCGGAAAGGGGUGCGGGAUGGCUCCCCAGCCACGAUGGCCCGGGGUUCCUCCGGAGGCAGUGGGGCCACCCAGACGUUUUCCUUCAGUAAACCCGGGACACGGAUGAGGCGGGACGUCCGCGUAACGGCCCGAGCCUUGUGUUGGCCGCACGUGGACGUGAACUCUGUGGACACCUGCCCUGCCGGAGGCUCAGCCACCGCAGAAAGAAACUGCUCACGGCCAACUGCCUCCCUGUCUCCUCCCUCCCCCGUGCAGCAGGGACAGUGACUCCCGGCUCUCGGGGCCAAAGCUUUCCCGAGUUCCCACCCUGGGGCGUGUUUUCCGGCCCAGCAUCCCUGAGCGCCCGGUGCCCCGAGCAGCAGCCUCCGGGGAGCCCUGGACACAGGGCAUCAGAAUUGUGGUCCUUAAUCCCCGUCCCCUCCAACCCUGAGUGCCUUGGGUGAGGGGAGCCACCCUGUCCCUGCCCGGCCCUGCCCCACAGCCUGAGACUGUUGGGAAGGCCCCGGGUCGCUGCCCCGUGCGGCUGUCACCCUGGCUGAUGCAGGGGGUGGGGGAGGUGGGAGCCACCUGCGCCUCCGAGGAUGUCAGACCGGCAGCAUCUCUCAAGCCCAGUCAAAGCACAAACCCUCGAGACCCACCCACGGGGUGCCCCGCAUGGGCUGUGGUGCCGAUGCCGGCUGGGGGGGGGGGGGUGGUGGGGGGAAGGCCCCUCCGCGAGGCCGCGGGCCAUCCUGCCCUUCCCGGGGGGCCACGGCCACUGAGAGGGAGCUACGUCCGGGGCUGGCCCCUGUGCGGGCCUGAGUGCGGGGGCCCGGGAGGCACCCUGUCGGUGGGCAACCGUUGAAUAAAGCCAUCUCGGUGAG